UGUCAGAGAGAAAACUGAGAAGAGAACCGAAGAGAAGGCGAACACUUACACACACUCACACACACUUACACACACUCACACACACUUACACACACUCACACACACGUUUACACGCACAGAGGACUGAUAAACUAAACUCUGCCUCCGAACCAGGGCUUUUCUCCACAUAAGAUAAAAGAUGCAGUUCAUGCUGCUUUUCAGCAGGCAAGGUAAGCUUCGCCUGCAGAAAUGGUACAUUCCACUGUCGGACAAGGAGAAGAAGAAGAUCACACGUGAGCUGGUACAGACCGUCCUGGCACGAAAGCCCAAGAUGUGUAGCUUUCUGGAGUGGAGAGACCUCAAGAUUGUUUACAAAAGAUAUGCUAGUUUGUAUUUCUGCUGUGCUAUUGAGGACCAGGACAACGAGCUGAUCACCUUGGAGAUCAUCCAUCGUUACGUGGAGCUGCUGGAUAAAUACUUCGGCAGUGUGUGCGAGUUGGACAUUAUAUUUAACUUCGAGAAAGCCUACUUCAUCCUAGACGAGUUCCUUUUGGGCGGAGAAGCUCAGGAGACGUCCAAGAAGAACGUCCUGAAGGCCAUCGAACAGGCUGACCUGCUGCAGGAGGAGUUAAGGGUCCUAACACCUCGGCCGAGGCUUCUGGUCUGUUCCAGAGUUAAGGAGCUCAGCCCAGACAUGAAUACUUUAACGUGCCUGUGUACUGAUUGGCUGUUGGUGGCUGUCCGUCCUGCAUGCUGAGCCCCUCCCCCUUGCUCGAUGUCCCUGCUGGUCCUCUACUUCCACCACCGUCCUAUCAGAACGCAGCAUCUCUGGGUCUCCGGUCUCCUCGUCAUCCUUCGUGUGUGUGUGUGUUUGUUGUUUAUGCCACGUUCACCAUACGUCCUUUGCCACGUUUAUUUAUUUAUUUUCUCUGCUCUCUUUCUCACUCGCUCACUCUCCUGUGUACCUUCAUCUACCUGUACCUGUGUGGAAUCAGUGAGAGCUCCCCCUGGUGGUCUUUUUAUUCCCUUUGCAGCAAAUCUGUCACUGUAUGAUUGUAUGUGUGAAUUAUAAUGUUUUUUGUUUUGUUUUUUCUAAACAUUAAUUUGGUUGAUUUGUUUGUUUAUAUGGUUCAUGAAAGUUGUGUUGUGAUAUUUUUUAUUUUAUUGUUAUCUUUAAUGACAAAUAAUUUCUGUUUUAAUGUCCGCUGUGUUUUUGUGUCUGUUUUGCGGCAAACGUGUAGAACAGGCCAGAUAGACAGGAAUCCAAUCUGGCAACCCGUUUUAUCCAUCCAUUUAUCCAUCUAUCCACUCAGUAAAUAUAACUGUUAGAAAGGCAGACCUGAGUACAACUCCGGUGAUCUCUCUCUCUCUCUCUCUCUCUCUCUCUCUCUCUCUCUCUCUCUCUCUCUCUCUCUCUCUCUCUCUCUCUCUCUCUCACUCACACACACACACACACACACACACACACACACACACACACACACACACACACACACACACACACGUGGGGAUGUGGGAGCUUAAUGGUUAAGGUGUUGGACUAUGAAUCAGAAAGAGUUUGAGUCCCAGUUCCACCAAGCAGCCACUGCUGGGCCCCUGAGCAAGGCCCUUAACCCUUUUAUUAAAAAAAAAAGAUAAAAAUGUAAUUCACUCUCGAUUAGGGAGUCUAUGAAAUACCAUAUAAAUAAACAUAUUUGUGUAUUACACACACUAAACCUCACACUGGAGAUCGACUAGAACCCCCGUACAGUGUUGUAGCAUUAGCCAUGCUAAUCUAACACGUACGGUUUGACCGAACAUCGACUAUGUAAUACUGUAGAUUACUGAAUCACAGUGUAGCCUACGUUAGGAAAUAAUUUACAUGAUACUCUGUAAUCAGCAGUGAUUUUUAUAUUUAUUUAUAUCAGUCGUCCAAAUCCGUUCUGUUAAAAAAAAAAAUUGAAGUUAAUCGUGGAAGCAGUUGAAGUGGAAGGAAAUUUUAGACCACAGUGAUGAUGAAUCCUCGAAUCUGAUUGGUUCAUUGGUUAAUACGGUGUCGAUUCCUUUUUCUGUAACAGCAGCUCGGACAAUUUCAAAAGAAGGUUACAAGUCAAUAACGUGGCAAACUUUUUUUUUUUUUUUUAUAUAUAAUGAAAUGAAAUGUAUUUUAUCGUCAUUACAGGGUCUAGAGUAGAGAAGACUAUUAAAUAAAACUCUCAAAAGACAAAAUGUAAGACGUGUCAUUGUUUAAUUAAUAUAUAUCGGGAUAUUUCGGUAAGCAUCUGUGAUACUAUGAGAUUGAGAUGUGCCACUUGUUUUCAGUGUGAUACGGUAAUAUUAUUUGAAGCUAGAAGAAUUAUGAGUGUUUAUUAAAUUUAAUAAUGAUUAACUAAUAAUGACGUAUAAUUAUUAGUUCAUUGCUGUAGUAUCUAUAUCGUGUUAUCCGUCGUGUCAUUUAUUAGUUUCCUGGAACAGCUCAUCCUGGAUUGUCUUAUUCAGGGCAGAUCAUCAUCCCAAAAAAAACAUUUCUUUCUGUCUGUUCUGAACCUCAUAGAAAAGCAGAUCUCAUAGAAAAUUAUUAUACUGUAGAUGUGUCUUCACUUGGAGGAGGUUAAAAGAUGAAGGUGCAAAAAAAAAAAAAAAUCACGUCUCGGAUCUCGGUGGUGACGAACGAAAGUGUGGCACGUAUUUCACCAUCUUCAGGAUCGUGUGUGAUCCAGGGAAGACCAACACGGCUCAUCGUUCCUGUUCAAACGGAGCUCCGGCACACGCCUCUGUAGUGAAGAAUCAGACUCAGGAGUGUGUUUUGUGGUGUUUCGGGCAACCCGUAACCUAAUAAUAAAGUGAAAUCACCGUGGAAAUGGUGUCUCGUAUCUAACUCAUGGUAACCUAGUGGUUAAGGUGUUGGGCUACCAAUCAGAAGGUUGUGAGUUUGAUUCCCAAGUUCACCAAGCUGCCACUUUUGGGCCCCUGAGCAAGGCCCUUAACCCUCAAUUGCUCAGUUGAGAUAAAAAAAUGAGAUCUGGAUAUAAGGGCGUCUGCUAAAUGCUGGAAAUGUAAAUGUAACACUCAAAUCUCUUGUUUAGUUUUGUUAAAAUGCCCAAAUCUGGCAACCCUGAUAGGACACCUGUCCUGUCCUACACUUGCCAGUGGGAUUUCAGCCCCAGUGGACUUCUCUUAACACUGGUUGAGUCAUAGAAGGUUACAAUUUUUGUUUUUUUUUAGGAAGGAACAUCAUGCAUCUAUAUCAAAUUAAAAAAAAAAACUAUAUACUAGAUGUACUCCAUUUUUAAAAAUGUAAAGUUUCUCUGUUCUCUUUUUGUUGUUGUUGUUGUUGUAGAUGAGAAAUAGACUUCCUGUUCUGUAGGUCGCCGCCCUGCCUGAAGCUCUGGAGCGGCUUAUUUUAAUGCGCUUUGCUGAUGCAGCGAGACGCCACAGAGCUCAGCGGGUCAUGAAUGAUUCAGCACUUUAUGCGAUGGAUGCACAUGUUCAGUGCCAAGCAUAAAAACCUCAUCUGAGCGAGAGGCUGUGAGGAGGGAAUCGAUUCCGUGGAAAGGGGGUUGAGUGAAGCUUCAUGCGCUCACGAGUCACUCCGAGCUUAAAAUUAACGCUGUGGUCAUUUAGGAUAAAAACAAAUUCAUUCAUUCAUUCAUCUUCUACCGCUUAUCCGAACUACCUCGGGUCACGGGGAGCCUGUGCCUAUCUCAGGCGUCAUCGGGCAUCAAGGCAGGAUACACCCUGGACGGAGUGCCAACCCAUCGCAGGGCACACACACACACACACUCAUUCACUCACGCAAUCACACACUACGGACAAUUUUCCAGAGAUGCCAAUCAAACUACCAUGCAUGUCUUUGGACCGGGGGAGGAAACCGGAGUACCCGGAGGAAACCCCCGAGGCACGGGGAGAACAUGCAAACUCCACACACACAAGGUGGAGGCGGGAAUCAAACCCCGACCCUGGAGGUGUGAGGCGACCGUGCUAACCACUAAGCCACCGUGACCCCCAUAAAAGCAAAUUUAUCCAUAAAAUUAUUUCGAU